GCCACCCUGACAUAACGGGAGCAAAGAGCAGUCUCUGCAUUGGGAGGAAUCAAAAAAAGAACAGCAGCCAGCAAGCGCAACGAAAUUGUUUUCAUUUAAGUUGGCGGUCUUACCAGUUUUUCCGACUUUUAAAGACCUCCCCCAAAAAUUGCAGUCAAAAUGCGUAAAAGAUCGAUGUCUGUUUUCACCCCAAGGGACGACAAUUGCCUAUCACGUAAAUUCGAGGGAGUUGCGUCCGACAACGAUCUACCAUCAGAGUCCGAUAAUGAAAUUGACACGGAAAUUCAUCUCAGCGACACAAACGUGAAUGCUGCCACGAACGAUGCAGAUUGGACUAAAGCCGAGUACCAAGAAAUGGUUGCAAAAAUAAAGGAAGUGAUGCCGAAAAAGGAUGUUCGCAAAUGGAAGACUACAUUGGAAGCGUUAGACUGGAAGCAGGUGGUAGUUGGCAAACGCACCGCCGACGAAGUCGAGCGAGUGGCUAAGGAAGUCAUCGGUAAAACGAGACGUUUCCGGAUACUGAGUGAGAUGCUCGAUGAAGUGGCAGAUGUGGUGAACAAAUUGAUGAGCGCUGAACGACCGAAACCUCCGCUGACGGCAUACAGCCUGUUCGUGAAGGAGAAGCUGCCACAUCUGCGUGAGGAACACAGAGACCUGAAGGUUCAGCAAAUAUUCAAACUCAUUCCAGAGCAGUUUAAGUUACUGUCGGCAAAAAAGAGGAAACGGUAUGAAAAUGAAGCAGCCAAGUUGAAGGAAGAUUAUCAUCAUCGAAUGGAAAAGUUUUACAUACAGCAUCCUGAUCUGUCUCCUAAGAAGGGUUGGAAACCGCGUAAGGAACCGCUGAAAACUCCUUUUCAUCUGUUCUACCAGAAGCGGCGGGAGGUUUCCUCGAAUAUAUCGUUCCAGCAGGCCCGAAAGGAAUGGGAAUCGCUUUCAGUAAAGGACAAAGUAGUCUACAUCCAAAAAUCGUUCGAGGUUCAAGGCAAUACCGACCUGAAGUUGGUAAACAAGAAAGAGUUGGAAAUGCUCGGCCAAUCACUUGGGAAACCGGAAUUCUGUGGACGCAACGUGUAUGAGUUCUUCCGGCGAAAGAUGAAAAAAACUUUCUCCGGCAAAGAACAUGCCGCCAAAAUAUCCGCGGAUUACAAAAAUAUGAAUCCACAAGAGCUGGAGGCGCUCAAGCAAGAGUACCAACAAGCUCGAACAGCAUUCGUCAAACAGUAUCAAGAGUACAUUAAGAAGCUUCCAAAGGAUAAACAGCAAGUCGAAUUGGAUUUCCUUAUGACUAUUACGGAGAAAAAGACGAAGGUCAAGGCUGAGAAAUCAAACGCAGCUACGGAGGAAGAUCCUUAUCUUGAAUCCCCGGACUACCCACCAGCUGCGGAGUCAACAACCAUCAAAAAACGACCGGCAAAAAGCAGCAAAGUAGCUCCUAUUAAGGAGGAACACAAAUCGGAUCACUCAGAUACCGAUUCGUUUGAGCCUUCAUCAUCUGCCAGAAAAAAGACAUCCAAAUCAACUGUAACUCCAUCGCCGGCGGCCGCGUCUGUUGCUUCCCCAAAAAAGCGAAAACAACAAACCGCCACCAAACCGAAGCCCAAUCCACCGCCAUCGUCCGAUUCCUCUUCGGAUGAACAGGAAACGGUUGUACAAUCGCCAGCAAAGGGCAAAGCUGCCGCCGCCACCACACCAGUGACUAACAGUAAUGGAAGAAAGAGAACAUCGUCUGAGGAACCGCAAACCAUGGUGAAAAAAUCCAAAAAGGCACAGGUUAAAAAGGAGGCGGAACCUUCUGCCCCAGUGGAGCCGGAGAAACCACCGCGAAUGUCUAAGAUUACAAAGCGUUGACAACACUGGUCACAGUAUUCCGAGUGGUAAAAGGCUAUAUGCCUUUAGAUUACUUUUGCAACACGUAAUUACUGUUGAAAAACAUUUGUUUUUUUUGUUUUCUUGAAAUUUAUUAAUUCGAAACAUACGAUUAUGUUUUAGUUUUUGUGAUUAUUAGUUUAAGAGUGUUGAUUAUUCUUAUUAAACGAUGACCUGAAUAGUAA